CAGUCUCCCACAGGCAGACCCAAGAUGGACAGAACCUUGGAAUCCCUGAGACACAUCAUUGCCCAAGUGUUGCCUCACCGGGACCCAGCUCUAGUCUUCAAAGACUUGAAUGUCGUGUCGAUGCUACAAGAAUUCUGGGAAAGCAAACAGCAGCAGAGAGCUGCAUUUGCAAGUGAAGGCUUGGUGGUCUAUGAGUCCCUACCAUCCCCUGGACCUCCAUUUGUGAGCUAUGUGACCCUCCCAGGGGGAAGCUGUUUUGGCAACUUUCAGUGUUGCUUAAGUAGAGCAGAGGCCCGCCGGGAUGCAGCUAAAGUGGCCCUCAUCAACUCCCUCUUCAAUGAACUGCCCUCUCGCAGAAUCACCAAGGAAUUCAUCAUGGAGAGUGUACAUGAAGCGGUUGCCUCCACCAGUGGAACUUUAGAUGAUGCUGAUGACCCCAGCACCAGCAUCGGAGCCUACCACUACAUGUUGGAAUCAAAUAUGGGGAAGACCAUGUUGGAAUUUCAGGAAUUGAUGACAGUUUUCCAGCUCCUGCACUGGAAUGGAAGCCUCAAGGCGCUGCGGGAGACUAGGUGCUCCCGACAGGAAGUCAUCUCCUACUACUCUCAGUACUCCCUGGAUGAGAAGAUGCGCAGCCACAUGGCCCUGGACUGGAUCAUGCGGGAGCGUGAGGCACCAGGAACCCUCUCACAGGAGCUCCGCACUGCCCUGAGGGAGCUGGAGCAGGCUCGGAAGGCAGGACAGGAGCUACGGUUUUACAAAGAGAAGAAAGAGAUCCUGAGCCUAGCCCUGAUGCAGAUUUAUAGCGAGCCUGAUGCUUCUAGCCCCAGUGAUGACCAGCUGAGCCUUGCUGCUUUGUGUGGCUAUCCCUAAGGGGAGUGGGCUGGCCGACACACAUACAGGGUAAACAGAGACACAGACAUAGGGACACACAGACAUACAUACAUACAGAUACACACAGACAUAUGUAGACAUAAACACAGUCACACAAAGAAACACACAUGGACACAGACACACACAGAAGCAGACACAGAGACACAAAUACAUAUGGGAACACAGACAUAGAAACACACAGACACAAAUGGGAACACAGACGCACAUGGACACAUACAGGAAUACACACAGACAGAGAGAUAUGCAUAGAUACAGAGAGACACACAGACAUGCACAAGGA